UCUCAAUCUGAUCAGUGUGUGAGGCGGAGUAACUCACUACAAGUUCACAACGUGGAUACACAAGCUGCUCUCACAGUGACUCCAAGGUUUACAGGAUACAUCCUGAUUAAUUGUUCCUCACAGAUGAGUGGAUACUUUGUGGAUGGAGAUCUUUGCUGUAAUGCUCCCUGAUGUCUCCUUUACAACGACAAAGAAGUCAAAACAGCCUUUACUUCAGCUGACACACAUUUUGAAGCAAGGCCAAGCUUCUUAGUCUUACUGGCUGAACUGUGGAUGGAGAUCAUGAGGAAUUCUCAGCCUCUACACCUGUUGCUUGCUCCCAUUGUGUUUUCUUUACUUUCACUCCACCUCUGCCCUACAUCUGCCAAUUCAGGCUCUGAAUAUGACUUCGGAGCCCACCCACGCUUUAUUUGCACCCCUAUUCCUGUGGAUGCAGACCCUGCCUGCUUUCCUACAGUGAACCCAGGUGUAGGGGCAGCAGGGCCCAGCGGACCAGGCCAUCAAAGUGCACCUCCUGCUGGCUGGUGGGGGGCCAGUGAAGAAGCCAAAGCCACCAUCCUCCAGCUCAGAGAGAGCCUUGUCCAGCAGAAAGAGACCAUCCUGGACCAGAGGGAGACCAUCAGAGAGCUGACGGCCAAGCUCACCCUGUGUGAGGGUCUGGGACGGGGCGCGGCGCCUCAUGAUGAACACCACGGCACAGCAUCACACUCCCAUCAUGCAGGAGUGGCCGGUCAUCACAUGUACACUGACAAUGGGCACUAUGGCAACCAGCAGGGUCCCCAUGGAAACGGCAACCUCAUACCAGACUCACCUCACUACCCCUCUGCGGGGGGGCAACGAUCGGAUGGAGGGCACAGCAGCAGCAACAACCAGGGGAAGGAUAAACAUGUGACACUGGGGGACAUCACAUCAUCACCGGAGCAGAUGGAGAGGAUGCUGCAUGCACUGAAGGAGAGGCUGGACAACCUGCAGAAGAGAAACACAUCUAUUGCCUACUCCAGCUCUCUGAAGGAGCUGCUUCAGAGGAAGAUCAGCGCUCUGGAGCAGCAGCUGCAUCGCCGCACUGCUGCCCUCAGCAGCCCGGACCACCGCCACGACGAUGACAGCAGCCACAGAGAUGGAGACCACCAUGAUGAUGACGAUGAUCACCACGAUGACGGACAUCCAAAUGACCAUGAGGACGACCACAACAAUGGCAGUCACAGUGACACAGAGAACCACACCGACCAUCACGACGACAGCCACAGUGAUGACCAUCAUGAGGCAGACGGUGACCAUGGCCAUCAUGAUGACAGCCACCAUGAUGAAGAUGGUGAUGAUGAUGAUGAUGACCAUAACAGUAACGAAGCAGACAGUCACAGUUACCAUCCACACACAGGACACAUAGCACCAGGGCCACAUGCUGGUUUCCACGCAAAUAAACUGGAAACAAUACUCAACCAGCUGCACCUGACAGGUUCCAGCAAGAAAAAUUCAAAGAGUCCUGAUGAUUUCCAGAUCAGCUUCCCCAUGAGAACCAACUACAUGUACGGGCGGGUGAAGAGGACUCUACCGCAGGAGAUCUUCGCCCUGACUUUGUGUCUUUGGAUCAAGGCGGGCGUGGGGCCCAGCCUGGGGACGCCCUUUUCUUACUCAGCACCUGGACAGGCCAAUGAACUGGUGCUCAUCGAGUGGGGGAACAACCCCAUGGAACUGCUGAUCGAUGACAAGGCUAUAACACUACCUCUGUCUCUGAACGAUGGGAAGUGGCACCACGUCUGUGUGACUUGGUCAACACGGGAUGGACAGUGGGAGGCCUAUCAGGACGGAGUGCAGAGAGGGUCUGGGAUCAAUCUAUCCCCCUGGCACCCCAUCAAACCUGGAGGAGUCUUCAUUCUGGGGCAGGAACAGGACACUCUCGGGGGCCGCUUUGAUGCCACUCAGUCAUUUGUGGGCGAGAUGUCGGACCUGCACAUGUGGUCUCACGUCCUGACUGCUGGUGAGAUCUCCAGCCUGGCGUCCUGCGGCAGCCACCUCAGAGGAGACGUCAUCUCUUGGUCCGAAACAGAGGUGGAGCUUCAUGGAGGCGUCUCAAGACACCCCUUUGACCCCUGUCAUUGAGAGGCCAUAACACUAAUGACAAACUUCGAGAUAUCCUGGAACAUACCGAGAACAUUUAUCAUGACUCAGUGGCACAGGCUCCUUCAAACUCAGCAUCACUGCCUUCCUUUUGAACUUAUUUUCUUAAAAAAAGAAAAACAAUAAUGGAUCGAAUCUGUGUUUACAGAUACUGUGUAGGUUUUGGCCUCUAGCUAGUUUUUUUAUUUUAAACAGACAAGUGCUGUAUGUGACAUAUUGUCAUAUUGUUAAUAAGACUUAUUAUUGUGAGGUCUGUGAUAAAAUGGGCAGACUUACAUAAGUUCUGUUGUGGUGAAGUGACAAACUGUUUGUUGUUAGUUUAAAUGUGCUAAAAUCAAUUUAUAACCCGGAUGAUCUUUUUUUAUAAAAGGUUUCCAUGAUACAGCUAAUUUACCAAAGAAAAUGUAGAGCUGAUUUUUGUUAUACUUUGUAAUUUUUAAACUAUAGAUAGAUUGAUGUUUCAUGUUGGGAGAAAAGCAGAAUUUAGUGUUUGACAGUCUCUGUUGGUUUUACGAUUAUUACAUGAUACUGUAAUCUAGCAGUGCUGCUUUAUACAUGUUUUUUAAAGAUCUACAGUAUAAGUCUAAUACAUAGAUUUAUCUUUUUGUAUGUAUUUUGUGGAUUCAAGUCAUUGCACUGUGGCUUUUACUUUCUGAAAUUACUUGGCCUUCACUGUAUAUUUGUCAUUGUCAUUGUUGUUGUUGUAGUGUCUAUGAAACACUGGAUUUAAGCCAGGUUAGAUCUUUGACCUCAU